CGUGGCCACAGGUGUGUAGCAAAUGGGUGUUGUUUGUGGGCGUGAGCGGGGGCGUGGCCAAGGGGGGUGGGCAGCCAAUGGGUGUGCUCAGAGGGCGGGACCGGGGGCGUGGCCAAGGGGCGCGGCCAAUGGGUGCUGCCUGUAGGCGUGGUCGGGGGCGUGGCUAACGCUGAGCCCGCUCCCAGGUGUGCGGCACCCCCGAAUACAUCGCGCCAGAGGUGAUCCUGCGUCAGGGCUACGGGAAACCCGUGGACUGGUGGGCAAUGGGAAUCGUCCUCUAUGAGUUCCUGGUGGGCUGCGUCCCCUUCUUCGGGGACACCCCUGAGGAGCUUUUCGGGCAGGUCAUCUCGGAUGAGAUCCUGUGGCCGGAGGGGGACGAGGCUCUGCCCCCCGACGCGCAGCACCUCAUCUCCUGCCUGCUGCAAACCGACCCCCUGCGACGCCUGGGGGCGGGCGGAGCACAGGAGGUGAAGGCUCACAGCUUCUUUGCUGCGCUGGAUUGGACCGGGCUGCUACGGCAGAAAGCUGAGUUUGUGCCCCACCUGGAGUCUGAGGAGGACACCAGCUAUUUUGAUAGUGAGUGA